GCUCUCACAGCUCACUUCUUCCUCACGCCCACUGCUCAGCCAUCUCUCCUCCAGGCCAGCGGCCCUGGGGCUCUCAGUCCGUCCCCACCAGGGCACCGUUGGCCAUCCUGACCGCUGGGGCUCGUGGGCAAGCUGUAGUCAGCUGUUGGCCAGCUGUUGGCCAACCAGUCCACCGUCGGCCUCCAGUGCCACCAGGGCGCGCCGCUGGCUCGUGGUCGCCCCGUUGGCCAGCAGGGCCGCCGAAGCGCUCCGUGAAUCCCUGCGGAUCCCUACGGAUCUGCGCGUCUGUGGCUCCGGGCUCCUCCACGAGCCGCCCGUCAAGCUGUAACGGCGCCGCUCAGCGCUGCGCCCGCCGGAGCCGCCCGUGGCGCGGCGCCGCUCUGCCCGCUCCCUCCACUUUCAGGUAUUUCCUCUUCGCCCUCAUCGUGAACCUGAGUCGCGACGCCUACGAGAUCCGGCUGCUGAUGGAGCGCGAGGCGAGCGGGAAGCGCGGCAGGGCGGCCGACGGCGGGCGGGGCGGCGCGGGGCCGCCGGGGCCGAGGCUGCAGGCGCAGCUGCGGCUCCUGCUGCGCGUCCUGCGGGGGAACCCGCCGCUGCUGCUGGACCUGGUGAAGAACGCCUGCGACCUCUUCAUCCCGCUGGACAAGCUGGGGCUCUACCGGAGCGGCCCGGCCUUCGUGGGGCUGUGCGGCCUCGCCUCCUCCGUGCUCUCCAUCCUCACCAUCCUCCAUCCUUGGCUCAAACUGAAGCCGUGAAGCCGCCGGACGGAGAUUCGCGGCUGCGCCGGGGCGGCCUCGGCGGAGCCCUUCGGACGCUUCGAGUUCGUUGCAAGGACGGCGGAGCUGCGUUCGGCGGGCCGCGGGUCCGGCGCCGCUCCCCGCUUCCAAGGGGCAGAGGGGGCUGCGGGGCC